UUCAUUUUGGUGAGCCCAUUGCAUUUUCCCAACUUUCCUUUAGAUGGCAGGAGAUUACAACCAAUGCUUUUAUGUAUUUAUGGAAAGGUCUCUGAUGUAAUGCAGUCCUGUGACUGUCCAAUGUGACCAGAUUUCAGCGUCACAUUGCUAGCAUAGUUUAAUCAGCAAUCUUCUUAAACCUGCACUAUGUCAGCCACGGCCUCUGAUAAAAUGCAGAUUAUGACAGAACUGGUGAGUGAAACUGAGGUCAGUCUUCUUGAAUGCAAAGUGUGCUUUGAAAAAUAUACCCAGAAGAAGAAACAUCGGCCGAGGAACUUGCCCUGCGGACAUGUUAUAUGCUUAGAGUGUGUAUUCUCUCUAGCACACCCAAGAAAUUUUAAAUUGGAGUGCCCUUUCUGUCGAAGAGCUUGCAAAUCCUCUGAGACGAGUGACUGCUUACCAUUGCUGCACCUGAUAGAGAUCUUAAGCCCUGCAAUUAAUACUCCUUUAGCUUCAGGAACAACAACUGGGACAGGUGAUGAAGCAGCUGUAUCAGCAUCUCUAGGCUUAACGUUCAACCUUUCUUUUGGAGGCUGGGGAACUUUGGUCAAUCCGACUGGGAUUGCAAUGUGUCGGAGGUCUGGGUGCAUAGUAGUGGCACAUGAUGGCAAGAAAAGGAUUAAGCUGUUUGGCUUGAAUGGGAGCUGUAUACAACAGUUUGGAGAAAGAGGAGAUGCAGGCAAUGAUAUUAAAUACUCACUUGAUGUGACAGUCACAUUGGAUGGCCACGUGGUUGUCACAGACAGCGGAGAUCGCUCUGUCAAGGUGUUUGAUUUUAAUGGAAGAGGCAAGUUAGUUAUCAGGGAAUCCUUUUGUUUACCAUGGGGUUUGGAUACCACCCCUGAAAAUGAAAUUAUCCUGUCUGAUCCAGAGGCAGGUGCUCUUUAUCGCUUGACAGCCAAUUUUAAAAAAGGAGAACUGAAGAAGGCUCAGAAGAUCCAAUCUAACUUAUGCAACCCAAGAGAGGUGGCAGUUUCUCAGACUUCUGGUAUUAUUGCUAUAAUAGAGCACCUGAUAGCUAAAGGACCAAAUGACAGCAGCACAAAAGUGAAGAUAUUCAGUGCUGACAUGAAACUCAUUGGCCAGAUGGAUACCUUUGGUCUAAACCUAGUGUUUCCCUCCAAAGUAUGUGCUACUGCUGUGGCUUUUGAUGGAGAGGGACACAUAAUAGUAGCAGAUGCCUAUAACCAAGCUGUAUUGUGCUUAGGAAAACCUGAGGAAUUUCCUGUCUUAAGGCCUAAAGUUACCCAAGGGCUUUCUUAUCCUGUGGCAUUGACUUACACAGCAAACAAUUCUCUGAUUGUCUUAGACAGUGGUGAUCAUUCAAUUAAAGUGUAUACUGCUAGUUGAAUUGUUUUGGAUGCUUACUAAUUUCAUUCAUCUUCAGAUUUUAAAAAGUCAUUAUGGUUUUUAUCUGAUGUAUGUGGGGUUUUUUUCCUGCCAUGGUUUUGUGUGAAACAUUUUUAAAGACAUGCUGUGUGGUCUUUGACAUUUUCUGACUUCUGAGUAUGUGUGAGAGACAGCCUGUGUUAUAAUAGCACCAGAUAAAGAGAUCUCAACUAGAUAACAUGGCAUUUUUUCUAAACUGUUACAUGAUUGUUGUUUGGGGUUUUUUUUUCAUAUAGGCUUGUGUUAGAUAAUAUAAGAUCAUAGGUUAGUUGUGAAGCAGAGAAUGACAUGUAGUUAUCUUGAAGUCUAGACAAUUUGUAUUUUUUAUAAGGUAAGAGAAUCUCGUGAGAGAGAAACAAUAUUUAGAAAUUCUAUCAGAAGGGAGACUCUCCAGCUCAAAGGACUGGUAACUGGAAGUAGAGCCUUUAACUUCAAGGUUAUUUUAAUCCAAUUGAGGUUAUUAGUGACAAAGUAAUUUUGAUUAUUCAAUGGCCAGUUUGAAAUGCAUUGGGUGGUCAAAGUGUAGUUUCUUCACAUUAGAAAACCACAUUAGAAAAACCAUUAUGAAGGCUGCUAUUAUGAGAGGCCAGUGACUGAAAGGUCCUAGAGACUGACUGACACACCAUCUCAUUCCUAAAGGUAGACCAAUCAGAAGAGUUAAGACGGUGGUACAGUGUUUAGAAGCUUGUAUUGUCUGGCCAAAAAUUUUCUUUAGAGAAUUAUUUUCUGGUGGUCAGAUUUCCAUUGUGCUCUGCUUCUUCAUUACCAUUAACUUUGCUUUGAAAAAUAAAGUUCUAAAAUUUAUAACAAAGAUUGUGUCUUAAGGUUUGACCACAAUUACGCAUUUUCCUGUGUCAUGCUUGUAUGAAUUCUUGUACUAUUCUGUAUAGAUUCUUACACUACCCUCAUCACUGUAGUUUCAGAGUGCUUUCAUUUCAAUACCUUAGCUGUAUAAUGAGACGGAUAUAAAAAGACAAGCUUCUGAACAUGCAUAUAAAGUGAUGGCGGUAGUUGCAGUAA